GAUUGCUAGCGAGAAGUUUGCACAACAAAAAAUUCGUCUGUUGUUACAAAAGUUUUUAUUUAUGAAAAAAGAUAUAUCGAUAUCGGAAUCGUGAAUUUAAAAAUAAAACUGCAUCAAGUACCUGUGUUUUGUGUGUGCAUAUUGACAAUUUCAUCGGAUCAUAUCUCUUGAAUCAAAAUAAUAAUUAAAUUGGUGAUAUCAUCUAUAUGAAUUUAACAGGACAGCAUUCGGCUACUGUGAGCGCGUGCUAUAUCAAAAUAUUGUAAUUUAACAAAAAAACAAGAACGUCAAACCAAAUACAACGUCAAAACAUUUCUUCAGUGGAGGUAUACCAGAAAAAACUGAUUAAAUGAACGUUAAGUGUCUGGAAAAUCUAUUGAUAGCAUUCUGCAAUUUGUAAAUUACGAAAAAAAAAGAGAUUCUCAGAUCGAACGUCUCAAACGGCUAGACUUUGAGAAACCACAAAGUUACGUUACUCUACGGAACGAGGAACGAACCGAGUCAAAGACAUUUUUUUUAAGUGGGCAAUUAUAAUCGAGCCGAGAAAAGAGAAAAAAAAAAAUUUUUGAAGCACAAACCGCAAACAGAUGACUUUGAAACACUAAAAAUUAUGCGAGCAUACGAUGCAAAGCGAUAGCCAGAUGUAACAAAUGAGAUAAAAUUCAAAUAAUCAAUGCUAAAUUUGAAAUUAAUUAUAUGAUUAUUGGCGCGAAAGGAGGAAUUGUCUCUCGCUUUUUAUUCGAUUCAUUUUUCCAUACACACUUGAAGAGUUGAAGCGUCGCCUAAUUAAUUUAUUGAUAUUGCAUUCCGCACUUUUUACUGAAUCAGUGUUUUUAAUCACAUCGAUAUCGCAGGAGUCACUUUCGAGAGGUCGUAAAAGACAUAGUCGAGAGAGAAAGAGAAAUAAAAAGAAACAACAACAUUCAUAAUUUGUUUAUGAACCUUCAGCGAAUACCAGAUUUGCGUUUGAAUUGACAAUUUGAUUAUCUGUUUUUUUUUCUACUUCUGUGGUUAAUGUGGCAAAACAACGAAAGGCAACGAACAAACAAUUCGUAAGCCAUCCGAAAGAAAGAAAGAAAGAAAGAAAGAAUAAAGUCGACAAUCAAAUUGCAAAGCGACGAAAAUGACGCGUUUUUGUGCAUACGUGCUUAUCAGCGCAACAGUCCUUUUUGAAGUUGUCAUUGGUCAAAAUCAACUAACUCAAUAUAGCACCAGAUAUAAUAAUCUGAAUGUUGAUCAAAUCUUGUCGAGUGACCGUUUGGUGACGAAUUAUGUUGAAUGUCUAUUGAGCCGUAAACCAUGUCCACCCGAAGGAAAAGAUCUGAAACGUAUAUUGCCAGAAGCAUUGAGAACAAAAUGUGCACGUUGUUCACCGCAACAAUUGGAAGGUGGUAUGCGUGUAAUUACAAAACUCUACUACGACUAUCCAACGCAAUACAGUCGUCUUCGGGCCAAAUGGGACCCAACCGGCGAAUACCAUCGACGUUUUGAAGAAUACCUUCGCGGCUUGCAAUUCAAUACCAUAAAUAAUGAUCAAUUAUCACCACAACCAACGGCAGGAACGUCAACAACCACCGCACAAAAAAUACCGACAAUUGUUGCAUCGGCAUCUUCAAAUACUCAAAAUGUCAUUCCAACGGCAUUACCAUCCGCAACGGCUCUGUUCAAUAAUACACAAAGACCAGCACGUAAUCCGGAAAUAGCACAAAAGCCAAGCACAAAUUCGGUUGCACCUCCGGUCGGUAUUUUCAAUCGUUUCGCAGCUGAUGAUGACGACAAUACAUCGGGCGGUGAUUCAACUGUUUCUCUACCGGUAGUGACAACGACGACCCGACGUACAAUGCCUACUUUGGCGGCAGUUCCAUCACAACGAGCCACUCAAGCGACAACAAAACGACCAGCAAAACGUCCAAAUGUUGUUGUAAAUGAAACACCAGCUACGGUAAGAGUAUCUAAACAUCCUAACAAAGUUGUGAGAACAACGAAUCAGCCAUCGACCGUUGAAUACACGAUUUACACAUACAAUACUCAGCCGGAUGUAGUGUACAUUCAAACACAACACCCUUUGAUCGGUUUGAUAAAUAGCAUCGGAUUCAAAAUAUCUAACACUGCUGACUUCUUUGCUGGUAUGCUGCGCGGAACUAUCGAGAAAUGGUUCAUAGUUUAGUUUUCUAAUAUGAUGGUGUACUGAUGAUAAUUUAGUAACUGGUUUUUAUUAAAUAAAACGUAAAUGUAUUAGAAAGAACGAAUAUGAAUUGCCGUUUUAGGCAUUAAAGUCGCACGAAAUUGGGAUUUCGAAGUGAAAAUAGAAGUAUGACCGAACACGUGAUUGAAAGAAAAAAAAA